AGCAAGCUGUCUGCUGAAAGUAAAACAUUGCUUCAUAGUGAAACCACAGCUCAUAGGCUGAGACUAACGAGGAAGUGAUGCUUACGAUAAUAUAUAUGUGGUAUAACGGCUGUCACGCAACUUUUAGGAUUGCUCAUUAACCUGACCUAACGGUGCGACUUUCUUGGAUUAGUGACUGGAGAAAAGGGGCAUAAAUGGGUCGACUGGGACCAAACGUGUCCCUGUGAGGUCGUACAGAAACAGCGCGGGGGGUAUCCUGAACCGUCUCCGACACUGGCCUCGCCAAAGAAGACUUUGAAAGUAAAAAAAAGGACCAGCCUCCGGUUUAGACUGAAGGCAGAAAAGUGAUUCGUUUUAUAUCUAAUACACGGGAGUAAUUGAGAAUUAUUUUAUAAGUUCGGAUAUGCAAACCACUACUGAAUCGUCCUUCAAUAACUCAGUGAUAGGAGUAUUCUCUGAAGAUGCAAACAGCGUCCAAAAUCAUAAAGCUAUUUCAAAGUAUGAAGACUUUGGUUUUAAACUAGCAGUGAUUGCUUCCAUUGUCAGCACAGCUGUAAUUUUAUUGAUAAGCAUGGCUUUUUUAACCAAUUGUCUUAUCAAAUGUGUGAAGAAAAGUGAAAGAAGGAAGCAGCAGAGAGAAUUGCAAACCUGGUACCAGAUUGAAUGUGAUGUAAUGGAAGGGUCCAGAGACAUUUUCCAUGGAUACAAAGGCAGUAACAAUAACAACAAUAAACUGUGGGAUAAUGCAUUAACAAAAGAAUUAGGAACGAAUGGAUUGGAGAACAUAGGAUUUUCCAGGUGCCAAGAGAAGACCACAAAGGACUUUGAAAUCACAGCAGGUUGCAAGGAAAAUGGAUCCCAAAAAUGUUUUCAGCCAUUGAAAUCACAGGUUUCGCAAAACUGCGUAUUCACUGAGUCAGUGAUUUUAUUGGAUUCACCAACUGACAGGCACAUUGAGAUUUGUCAGUUUCAACAAUCUCAGCAUAAAUCUGAUCACCAUAUUCCGAGACAUCAUACUUGACACAGGAUUUGCUGAAAACCUGUUGGUAUAAUUAAAGCUGAGCAGACAUGGGUACAGAACAUAACCUACUUGGAAGUGACGUGCCUUAUGACUAUGAUUAACAUAUCAGCAGACUUGGUUUUAUUUAAAUUUUAUUGAGGAAAUGUUUAUAUUCAAAGAAAAGAAUGUUCACCAGUGACAAUCAGCCAUUUCAAGGAAUUCCUGUUUCUGUGUAUCUGUUCGAAGAUCAUGAUUAAACAUUGGUUCUGGACAGUCAUUAAUUAUUAACUUGGAAUUUACUAUAGUGCGGUACUUGAAGCACGGCAGUUAUUAGUUACUCCUUGGUAACUCUUAUGCAACAAUUGUAUGUCUGCCUUAAAGUCUGUUUAGUACACUUGUUAAGCUAAUCAUUUUCAUUUGUUAGUGGCAUUUCUCAUACACUUGCAAAGUGAGGUAAUUAAACCAUUAUUGCACGAGAUAAUUUCAGGUCUGUGAUAUUUAGGAUGAAAUGCAGCAACUUCUUUUCGUUUCCCUUUAUUUGUUGGCAGGAUGAGGGUGUCACUAGCUAGGUCAGCAUUUAUUGCCCAUCUCUAAUUACCAGAGAAGGUAAGGAGAGUGGUUUCCUUCCCUAAGGGACAUUAGUGAACCAAAAGGGUUUUUCAUGACAGUUGGCAAUAGAUUGAUGGUCAUCAUUAGACUCCUAAUUCCAGAUACUUUUUCAUUUCCAACUUCUAUCAGCUGCCAUGGUGGGAUUUGAACCCAGGACCCUAGAAUAUUACCUGGGUCACUGGAUUAACAGUCCAGCAAUAAUACCACUGAGCUAGUGCCUCCCCUUGCCUUAAGAUCUCUUCAUCCAGUCAUUCUACAAUCAAGACAAGAUAAAUGUCAGAAUGAUAUUGAGUCCUUCCUUGUUGAAUUAACAAAAAAUAACUACACAGAUAAUACCCUGUACAUAAGGGAAAUCAAAAGUCGAGAUUUGAAAAUAUCUUCACAAACUGAAGCUUACACGUAGCAGUUACUGUCAAGAUAUCUUUCUGACUAUUCAUUUUGACCAUGGGAUUUUCUUAGUAUUAAAAAAGGUGUGCGUGGGCCAGCUCUGUAAAUGCUGGAUGCUGGUCCACACUGUUUAAGUUGUUGAAGCAAGAUUAAAUUUGAUUACACCAGUAUUCUGCAGCACGUGUACAAUAGAUUGUUCCAGAAUCCCUCAAAGAUCAACCCUGGGUCACCUCCACUUUAUUCAUAUGAUGGAUUAUCAUUUAGAUAGUUGGGAUCAUUUUUCUGUGUUUAUGGUGGCGAUGAACACCAUAAUCACUGUGUACCACCUCAUUAUGCAGCAUUGUCUGUGUUAUCAGGCUGCCUGUCUAACAGGGAUGAAUUGCAGUUUUCUCCAGCUAAAUGUUAAUGAGAUCAAAGUUAUUGUGUUUGAUGCCCUGCGCCAAACUCCACUGUUGCUAUAAAUUUCAUUCCCCAGAUGAUCCCACCUUACUGCCAAUUACCUUGAGCCAAGCUCAGUGUCCUGUUUGACCCUGAGCUAAACUUUCGAUAUAUUUCGGAUCUGUGGCAAAACUGAAGCAAAUGGAGAUCAAUGUAAGUGAGGUUAUCCAAUUUGGACCAAAAAAUAAUGGUUUGGGGUAUGUUUUAGAUUGUGUGGAGUUAAAUACAGUGGCUGUCCAAAAAAACUUCAGGGUUCAUGUGCACAGCUUUUUAAAAUGCCACAAAUACAUACAGAAAAUAAUCAAGAAAGCUAAUGCUGGAAUGCUGGCCCUGAUAUCAGGCAGACUGGAGCAAUAAGGAUUCCGAAGUUAUGUUGCAUUUAUACAAAACCCUGAUGAAACUCCACUUGGAGUACUAUGAGCAGAUCUGGGCACCAUAUCUUAGAAAGAAUUUCUAAGGCCUUGGAGGGAGUACAACGUAGGUUUACAAGAAUGAUACCUGGACUUCGUGGGUUAAGUUAUGAGGGGUGAUCCAUGCAAAUUAGGCCUGUUUUCUCUAGAGUUUAGAAGUUUAAGAGAUAAUAUGAUCAAAACCUUCAAGAUAUUAACAAGAAAAGACAGGGUACGUAAGGAUAAAGCAUUUUCACUGGUUGGGGACUCUAAAACUAGAGGGCAAAGCCUGAGAAUUAGAGUUACAUUCAUCAUGAGAGAUGCGAGGAAGCAUUUCUACACACAAAGGGUGACAGAUAUUUGGAGCUCUCCUCCACAAAUGACAGUAGAUGCUGGAUCAGUUGUUAUUUUUAAAUCUGAGAUAAAUACAUUUUUGUUAAGCAAAGAUAUUAGGGGAUGUGGGCUAAAGGCAGGUGUAUGGAGUUGGGCCACAGAUCAGCCAUGAUCUUAUUAAAUGGUGGAGCACACUUGAGGGGCUGAAUAGCCGACUCCUAUAUUUUUGUAGUAGUUACAAAGACUGGCUGCUUCCCUCUCCAUAAUAUCUCACAACUGUACAUCUACCUCAGCCCCGUUGGUCACUGAAAUUGUAACCUGUAGAUGUUUUGAUGCUUUCCUUAGCGAUUUCCCAUCCUGAAGAUAUUUGAAAAAGAAAACAUAAUUUCCUUGCCCCAGAAAUGAUUUCUCUGUGUUUUGAAGUUGCAUUUUCUUCUGCAAAGAUCUGAUUCCAUCUCUGUUUAUGCAAGA